AUGGACCGUCACCAGGCCGAACAGGUCUUGCCACCGCCAUCGUCGAGCAUGUCAGGACAAGCUCCCCCAAACCUGACCAUCAGAACCUCGACGCAGCCACCGGCUCUGUCGACAGCAGCCCAACAUGCAUCCUCCUCGUCGCCGCCAGACCCGUCGCAGUCCGGUUAUCCCAAACGGAUACCCAUCGAAAAGCAAGAGAAAGCAUUGAGACUCUACAUAGAUUAUCAAUCUGCCACGCUGGAGGAGGAAUUAGCGCGGCGAGAGCCUCAGUCUGCCACAACGUUCCGCGACGGUUAUUAUCUCACCGUACCGGUCGCCUCUGCCCCCCAUUCCGUCACAUCGCGUACAUCUUCAAGGCGCCGUAGGGCGAUCUCGGUGUCUACUUCUGCCUGUGGUGCGGUGACUGACAUGUCGUCGGUCAUGUCUUUUGACGGCAAGGAGAGCCCAUCCUCGGCGAAGCCCCGGGCCCAACCCGAAUUCACAACUUUUGACGGAAAAAAGUUGAAGCAGCGAGUUCGAAGUCGGCUAUCACCGAAAGCCAAGGCAAAAGCUGCUCUGGUGCGCUGGCUUGGGUCGUGUCCGUCUUGUCAUAAACGAAGGGUGCCUUGUCCACUUCAACAUCACGAUAUAGAUACGCUUAAAAAGCUGCAUCAGGCCAUGCCACCAGAACGUCCGCCAUAUUCCCCUUCAAACCAUCAAUCAUGUUCUUCGGUUUCGGGUAUCUCGCAGAGAAGUGGUACAUCUAGCUUUGCUGGCCAGCGUGUCGUCGGGGUAUCACAGACCGACGCCCUGAUGGGUUUGGGUCAAAAUGAACAGCUUCUCAAGACCUCGGCGGACUGUGACAUCAUGGACAUCCAAUCCCCUGGUGGCGGCUUGACUGACCCCUUGGCUGAGAUCUCAGCUUCAGGCACCCCCUAUCAGACCUUUCCAGACCUCUCGAGUCCGUAUUCCCAAUACCAAGAUGGUGACAUGUUUCCGCUUGGUGUUCGGCGUGGAUUCUUCUACUGUCAACAUCUUGAUGGGUCCUGUUUUGCGCGUUUUGAGGACCCUGAAUCAUUACAAUUCCAUUUCGAGAUUGCGCAUUUUUCCUUUACUCGGAUCAAGCCCGCGCAUCGUUUCGUGUGUUCCAACUGUCAACGCCUGAACAAUAUGGAUUCGGCUCCAUGUUACAACUGCGGGGCCCAGGGGUUAAUUGAGCUCUGGAUAUAUGGCAAUUUCAUUCGUACUCCUCCAUACCACCGCUCCCCACCAGAUGAUCAGGAUUUGCGAAUGAAAGCUUCUAUUUCUGGUUUUCUACCACCUUACGGUGCCCCAACCGUAAAUCCUCAAAUGGAUCCAGACCUGAAUAAUGGCCACUUUAAUGGCGAUAUCGACCCAAGCAGUUACGACUUUGACACAAACAAUAUGUAUGGCGGUUCAGAUUUUGGCAGCCAGAACUUCGACUUUGAUUCGCAGGAUAGGUCACCCUCAAGUAACAAUCACUUCCAGGGGGCGUUUUUUAGGACCGCUAAGCAGGUCGCAGAGCACAUCACCCAUGUGUCUCAAACUUCACGGAUAACGACUGCUAUUGGGAAGAUUUAUGACCAGAAAGCAUCUAUAUCUUUUGCGUUGCUCCUUGUAAUGGCAAUUGCAUUCGGAUUCACGUACGAGUCAGCUAUGGUCUGUGUCCAACGAGCGCUAGCACUCGCAGCGGCAACGUUUCACACACACUCGCCCGCUAUUGGCUUCAUGAGCAUUCUAUUUUCUUUCGCCAUGUAUUCUUCGAUGAAGCAUUUUAGCAUCCGGCGCGGUCAGCGAGCACCUUGCGUACGUAUUCCUCCACGGUUGCGACUAUUUGACCGCUGUGCUAAUAAUGGACUCGUUAGCGACUCCCUCGACAUUCCUCUCUCUACCGCAAGACUCGGUUCUCGUUUAAGUGCAGGCAGACAGCGCCUGGCACUUAUAUCCACAGCGGGCAUGCGCCAUUAUGAAUAUGAAAGAUCUGGUAACGACUACGUAUGA